UUUGUCACAAGUUCGCUUCACUACUCAAUUGGCGUGUCUGGCACUCACACCUGGCAGAGUGGUUACUACGCACGUGCAUAAAUACCCUGCAGCCUCCUCACACUGUCUCCCGGCGUGGUGGUAAUGUUUAGUCUUCGAGGGGUGACACUGGCCAAGGCCGCCACGAAUCAUGGACGGCUGCUGGCAAGGUCUUUCACGUGCAGUUUCCCCAAACCCUACACUGUGCCUGAAGGAGCCUGGGGCUGCAAUAAGGCUGCCCGACUGGAACUGGCGGCGGCGUACCGAGGGUUGGACCUGCUUGGUCUGAACGAAGGUGUGUGCAACCACCUGAGCAUGAUGGCACCACGCGCCAAUGAGGAAGGCCAGAUCAUGCUUGUGAACGACUAUGGCUUGCACUGGAGUGAGGUGACUGCGAGCAACUUGGUGGGACUGAACGAACAUGCCGAAAUGGUAGAGGGGCAGGGCAUUGUAGACAUCGCCGCCUCCUGCAUCCAUCUAGGUAUCCGCAAGAUUCGCCCAGACGCCACGGUUCUGAUGCACACCCACCAGCCUUACGCCACCGCCCUAGCUUGCAUGAAGGACCCAGAACUUCUGAUGGUGCACCAAAACUCGGCAAGGUUUUACAAAAGAGUUGCAUACGACAACAAUUAUACCGGCCUCGCCGAGGCCAUUGACGAAGGCAAGAGAUUGGGAGAGGCCUUGGGUGACAAGGACAUCUUAUUCAUGGGUCACCAUGGCGUACUCAGCGUCGGAACAGAGGUUUCCAUUGCCUUCGACCAUCUCUAUUAUCUGGAGAGAGCUGCCCAGCUACAGAUACUCGCUUUGUCAAUGCGCAAGGAAGUGGAUCUUAUCCCCGAAGAGGAUUGCAAAAUGACUUGUGACUCAUUUUGGAAAAAUAUCAAAGGCUAUAGUGACGCACAUUUCUUCUCCAUGUACCGCAGACUUCGCAAAACUCAGCCAGACUUCGAACAGUAACCAUGAAGUGACUGCUGAGAAAGCUCAAUAAAAAAUAUAAGAAUA